UGCGUACAGUGCAUACCCGGUCUAGUUUCCUGUGCGGUACAUGUAGGCCAUCGCAACACGCUCAGUUUUCGCGAUUUCAUCCAUUUUGAGACAAGGUUUAAUCUGCCAAGAUUUUUCUGGGAGUACAUUCCAAGAUGCCGUUGCAUCAACUAGCCGACCCGUGGCAGAAGGUCGCCGUCAAAGAGCAGGCAGAGGGAAAGAGCAGUGAGGAGAUGCUAGUUGACAGCACAAAUGAAACGGAAGACCAAGAGAUGAGAGAGAUCAACAUCACCAGCAUGGCUGCAGAAGGCCUGCAGAAGUCAGACCCAUCUCAGUUUGAACUCCUCAAGGUCUUAGGUCAGGGCUCAUUUGGAAAGGUGUUUCUUGUACGAAAGGUGUUUGGUGAGGACAGUGGUACUUUGUAUGCCAUGAAAGUUCUGAAAAAAGCAACAUUGAAAGUGCGUGAUCGUAUGCGAACCAAGAUGGAACGAAAUAUUCUGGUAGAUGUCAAUCAUCCAUUCAUCGUCAAGCUGCACUAUGCAUUCCAGACUGAAGGCAAGCUGUAUCUCAUCCUGGACUUCCUCCGAGGUGGUGAUCUUUUUACCAGACUCUCUAAGGAGGUGAUGUUCACAGAGGAUGAUGUCAAGCUUUACCUUGCUGAGCUAGCCCUGGCCUUAGAUCACUUACACAGCCUAGGAAUUAUCUACAGAGAUCUCAAACCAGAAAAUAUUUUGCUAGAUGCAUCAGGCCACAUCAAGCUGACAGAUUUUGGUCUCAGCAAAGAGUCUGUAGAUAACAGCAAGACCUAUUCAUUCUGUGGCACUGUAGAAUACAUGGCUCCAGAGGUGGUGAACCGUAGAGGCCAUACAACAGCAGCUGACUGGUGGUCAUUCGGAGUUCUAAUGUUUGAGAUGCUUACAGGUGCAUUACCAUUCCAGGGUCAACACAGGAAGGAAACAAUGGCCAUGAUCCUCAAAGCCAAGUUGGGUAUGCCACAGUUCCUGAGCCCUGAGGCUCAGAGUCUUCUCCGACAACUGUUCAAGAGAAACCCGGCCAAUCGGCUAGGGGCAGCAGAAAACGGUGUGGAAGACAUUAAAAAACAUGCCUUCUUUGCACACAUUGACUUUGAGAAACUAUUGAGGAAAGAGAUUUCACCACCUUUCAAGCCGGCUGUGUCUAAUGCUGAUGAUACCUUCUACUUUGAUACAGAGUUUACAUCCAGAACCCCAAAAGACUCCCCUGGCCUACCCCCCAGUGCAAGUGCCCAUCAGCUGUUCAGAGGAUUCAGCUACAUUGCUCCUGUCCUGUUGCAAGAAGAUGAAAUGAAGGCAGCUACUAAUAAUACACAUACACAACCUGCAAAAGAAACACUUCCAGUCAAGCAUGCGAGAGUGACAAGUAUCGCAGAGGAAUAUGAACUGCAAGAUGUCAUUGGUCUAGGGUCUUUCUCCAAGUGUCUACGUUGCCUGCAUAAAUCUUCAGGCCAACAAUAUGCUGUCAAGAUUAUCAAGAAAGGCAAGAAGGAUGUACAGGAAGAGAUAGAAGUCAUGUUGAGAUAUGGGCAUCAUCCUAAUAUCAUCACAUUAAGAGAUGUGUAUGAUGACGGUCAGAAUGUGUACAUGGUGAUGGAAUUGAUGAAAGGUGGUGAGCUACUAGACAAAAUCCUCAAGAAGAAAUGUCUGUCUGAGAGAGAAGCCUGUGAGAUCAUGCAUGUGGUAACCAAGACAGUGGACUAUCUCCAUCAACAAAGGGUGGUUCACCGUGACCUGAAGCCAAGUAACAUACUCUAUGCAGAUGACUCAGGAAACCCUAGUUCACUGAGAAUCAGUGAUUUUGGUUUUGCUAAACAGAUGCGAGCAGACAAUGGCAUGCUAAUGACGCCAUGCUACACUGCCAACUUUGUUGCACCAGAGGUAUUGAAGAGGCAAGGUUAUGAUGCAGCGUGUGAUAUCUGGAGUCUUGGAGUUCUGCUCUACACUAUGCUAGCAGGGUAUACACCAUUUGCACAUGGACCAGAGGAUAGUGCUGAGAUAAUCUUGGCCAGAAUUGGAGAGGGCAAGUUUCCUUUGAACGGCGGCAACUGGGACCAUGUCUCACCAAUGGCCAAGGAAUUGGUGCGUUGGAUGCUGCAUGUGGACCCCUUCAAGAGACCGUCAGCAGCUAAAGUGUUGCAGCAUCCAUGGAUGCAACACUGCGAGUCACUCUCACAGAAUAGACUCACUACACAGGAUUAUGACCUGGUCAAGGGAGCAAUGAAGGCAACCUACCUGGCUCUGAACAAUCAACCUAAGGUAGAGAACUUGGAACCCGUCACAUCCUCUAUGCUAGCUCAACGCAGGAAACUCAAGAAGCUUAGCUCUACUACCCUCUGAUAAACAUCCACACAUCACUAUAGAAUCCUAGCACAGACAGAUGGAUUGAUCUCAAGUAUGCACAUGACGAGUGUACUCAGGUAGUACAAGCUUUCAUAAGCUUCGUGACAAAGGCCUUGUUUGCAUUGGAUACUGAUUGGGACUCUAGUCAGUCUACUUCAUUACUGAGUCCAGUAUAGACAGUACAACCCUGGAUGUGGUUUUUUUUCUGUUUGAAAUGGAAAAGGUGCUUACAGUGAUGCUAUUUUCAAAGGUGUGAAUGUGUGUCCACACAUCGUUCAUCUCCCUACUUUUAUAACCCAAGCUUACAUCGUAUUGUCACAUUUUAACAAAGUGAAUGUGACCUGCGAAAGCUGAUCAUUGUGACACUGGACUUGGGUAAGAUUUCAGGAGAGCCUAGUGUAUCUCAAAUCUCUAAAUCUCCCUUACCAUUUUGGAAAGAAAAUCUCAUCCAGGGAUUUCAGUUGGACAUCCAAGCAGAGAAUUAUAUAAGUUGUAAUUAUAUAAUCUGACUCAAUCUGUAUCGGCAUCAAUCAUAAUUUUCUCACCAAAGUGACAGUAAGUUGUUCCACAGAAGUGAAUCCAGUGAUGCCAUCGGGACUUGUCAUUCCACUUUCUUUUGCCUGGUUGUGUCUGUGGUGGACCAAUGUAGUAUGGGUGUAUAUGUGAUGGGUAAUACAUGUAGCACAUUGUCCAAUUGUGGUGGCUUCGUGUUAAGAAUGUACUUGUAGUUUAUGACAUUUUCAUUUGACAUGUUGAGUGUUAGAACUAAAUAGCUAAAUGAGCUAUGAAAGACUUAUUUUUGUAUCUUGAAGUUAUGAAUCACUAGAGUUGAAACUAAUAAGAAUGGUUUAAAAAACAUUUUCUUUCCAAAAUAAUUUUGGAUAUAAAAAAUCAUGUCUUGUAAAUUUACUACUGGUGCAUUUAAAUCAACAAAAAUACUUUAAAUAAUAUUUACUAAAUAAAUUUGUAAGAAAAUGUACAUAUUUUUUCUUACUACAAUUUCUAUUCUUUUUUUCCCGAACAUAAUACUUCCACCAAUAGGGAUGUGCUUGCCAGCACACAUCCACUUUGCAUGCUUACAGUGAGUCAUAGACAUAGAAUUAGCUCAUGUACUAAAAACGAAAACUUGCUUCAAUAAUCUUGUAGUAUACUGACCCAAUAUUUGACCACUCAGAAAUGACUACAUUUGACAAAUGUGUCAAUCUAUUGUACAAGUAAAGCCACAGUUUUGAAGGAAUAAAGCAAAUUUUUGCUGAAAAUGACCUUGCACAUGGCAUAAAGCAGAGCAGCAUGUAAGCAGCACCCAAAUUAAAGUGACAAAUGUUGCCCUACUGAAAUAAGCCAAUCAUUGUUCUAUUUGCACCUCAAACCUAAAAUUGCUUUCCACAAAAAUUGCCAACAUUGUUCAAUUCUUUCUUUAGUUGUAAGAUAUACAUUUGUUUACAAUUGUCUUUAUGACUAGUGCAGGUAUAAGUCAGGUGAAAGGAAAACCUUCUUAUGAACUGCCUAAAUAAUAGUUUCAGUAUUGUACUGACUAUGGGGAGUGAGAUGAGUUUAAUAUAAACAAAUCCUGAUAACAUCAUGUGACUUCCAUCAAAGGCACAUUCAUUGUGAUGACAUGCAUACCAUCCAUGUUUAGAUCAAGUACUGGACUAUUAUGUUAUCCACAUAUUGAUGUGUUCCUUAGUCUUCACUGUUCCAGGACAUAACAUGAUUAGAUUGAAAUUUAGAAUAUCCACCAGGACUUUGCAGGGAACAGGUUUUCUCAUCAAGUUAUUUAGUAUUUCUAUGGCAUCAGGGUCAUAAGUUAAAAACAAUUACUUAUUUUGUUACAAUUUACACAUACAUUGAUUGUGACAAUAUUUAAUUUGAAUUGUGACUUGUUCCAAUUGAUCAUUUCUUCCAUUAUUACCUUUCUAAAAGUGAUAUAUAUAUAUUAUGUAAUUAUUUCCAGUCCAACUCUUCUUGGCUUUCUUUUUCUUUGUGAUAUUCUUUUGAAAAGAUACUGUGCUUGAUUUCUACAUGUAGAUCUACAAUGGAAAUGUCAGUUGUCCGUCAAAGAAAGAAAAAUAGCAACCCACACUUUAAAAUUUGAAGAACAAACCACUCUCUUAAAAUUCUGUAGAUUCAUGUGUUUAGGGGUUUUUUGCUUGAUACGUUUCAUGACAAGUUUUGUUUUUAAACUGUACGGCUGCAGAUACACUCUUGGAUGAAUAAUUACACUUAUAACCUGUACACAUGAAUUUCCCCUGAUUUGACCAAUAAAGGUUGGACUGGGGUACAUUAAAGUAUGAAAAGGUGUGUUUACUGCUGGGCUAGAUGCUAUCACAUUGCAGAACAUGUGAUAGUUGAUAGUACCUUUUGUCUUGACUUUUGGGAGCUUUCAAAUAGUUAACUCACCACUUCUGGCUUGAGCAUAUGAGCACUGUAAUGGUGAUAAUAAUGGUGCCUAAAGUUUCCAUUUUAAUGAUGGAUACAGGUUAAAUGUUGAUCAAGGAUCUCUUCUUUCCUUGCAUUCAGUCAACUGUACAGUUUUUCUUUACCUUUCUUUCUAGCAAACAUUCUGUAGUCUUGCUUACUUUAUAAGCAUAUUACUACUCAAAUAAAUAGAGUGUAGCACUUUUUUAGAACAUUCCUUGAAAAGGUAGAUUGAAAGCAUUUAACAUUUAUGAAUAUUGAUUUAAAAUUAAGUCAACUUUUGUACAAAAUGAAUAAAACUGCCUUUAUUUUGGUAGAGGGUAUUUGAAUUUUUUGUUAAUGCAUUUAUGUACAGACUAUAGAUUGUUUUGAUAUUAAGGAUUCCUUUACUUUUUCAGUUUUUGUUAUAUUGAUUUGUAAUCCUUUGAAUGAAAUGAGUUGACCUUUUCCUCAGUUCACAUGACUUGACAAUAUGUACUUGGGACUGUGUCUUGUACAUUGAAACAUUGUGCUGCAGAAAAUCACUGGGUACUCUGCAGAUAUUCCUUGCUCACUGUGUUCAUACUUAACGUCAGUUUCUGUGUAAGGAUAGAAUGGAGAAAGUGAUUUGCACCACAAACAAGUGGCGUAACUUGAUGAAGGCUCAAGGGCUUCUUGUUGUUUGAAAGCCAUUUACCUCUGUAACAGCCUUCUACAUAAAUACCAUUGUCACAAACAUUGAUGAAUAAGAAAGUGAAAACUCUCAUUAGAAAAACACACACAACAUUCAUUUGCUGUCACUGUCACAGGUAGCAAAAUGGCUGGCAUGUGUGACCGAGUCAUGUUUGCAGAUUGGACUGUGUCACACCAUUCAAUGGGAUCAUUAUACUGAGCAAAUGUCAGGUGGUGUGCCAUUGAUGAUACAGUCAAGGUCCACUAGACAUAGUCACUUCACAAAAUACACCAUUACCUUGGUGUCAAUUAUAUCUUGUAAUCAUGUAGUCAUAUGCAAUUGUAUUUAACGGUAUCUUUUGGUACUUGAGGUUCCGCCAAAAAUGGUCAGUUUUAAAACAAAAUGAAAUGUUUGUUAAUAUUCAAGGUGGCUGUUCCCAUGAAAUAUUCCAACUUUGUGCGCUCUUGCCAAGUUAGCAGAAACACUAAGAAGAAAUGGUAAACCUAAGCAUUCAGUGCCAAUCAGCAGGUUACAAUCUAAUGCAUAAUGGACUUGGCAAAUUGUAAAACUAAAAUGUGAAAUUAGAAGUCCACUUUCUAAACAUCACAAUUAAAAAAGGUAAAAACUUACAUGCAUGUUUUCCUUCAGGAAAGUUUGCACAAAUGUGUAGAAACAAUGUUAACGGAGGUUCUCAGUGCCAACCAGUUAUUUACACUGGAUGCAUUAUGGACUUUGCCAACCUGUGGAAUUCGAAUGUAUCAUGAGAACGGUCAAUAAGCCUCUGUACUGUUGACGUCACACUUUGUGGGGACCCUGGUUGGGGCUCCGACGGUUCGUAGCUCCAAAGGUUCGUGGCUCCUUAGACAAAGUGUGACAUCAUCAGUACAGAGGCUUUAUCCUCAUCAGAUCAUGGGGUAGAGAUUGCAAGUGGUGGCUGGGGAACUUCUCAUCAGUUGAACAGUGCUGCUCACUAUUACAUUGAAAGUUGCAGCUGCAUUUAUAAAACACCCUUCUCCCUUUCCCUACCACGGAAAAUACUCCCGUGAGUUCCUCUAAUGGUUUCAUGUGUACAGCACUCACCGAAGGGAUGUUGCUGUUUGAUGUAUGCAUACCACUCAUCAAAUUUAUGGAAAAGCACACUAUACCAAUAAAAUAACAUUAUUUUUUCUUAAUUAUUGAAUUGUAUUUAAAUAUUAAAACAAACUGAACUGAUUGAUUUGAUAUGUGAAGAUAUUCAGACUAUGGACUCUGUGCACAGGUAUCCCCUCAUGCAGACUAAAGAUAGGUGGCACUGUGGAACACCAUGCUGGUUGUAUGCCUGGCACUCAUACACACAAACCUGUGCCAGCAUGCAGUGUGUCUCUCCCACAGAAAAACUCACGAGCGGUCACCAAGUGCCAUCUACACUUUGUGCAGUGUCCAUAAUAUGAUUGGAAUCUUUAGGCUUGGAAAUUCUUCAAACGUCAAUGAUUCCCACUGUACUUUUCUUAUUAAAUUUGUACCAACAUAAAAAUCUCUCAAUAAAUUACCAUUUUCUCAUUA